AUGGAGAAGUUCCUGAGGCCGGAACGACUGUAUGCUACGCCGAACUCUCCCACCGCUUCAAAGGAGUGGCGUCACUGGUUCCGGACCUUCAACACGUUCCUCACCUCCAUUUCUGCUCUCGAGCCCGACAUGCUAGCCAUUCUCUGCAACUUCGUCUCCCCAUCUGUGUGCGAAUACAUAGCCGACUGUGUCUCAUACGACGCCGCCAUCCUGGAUCUGCAAAACUUGUACAUAAAGCCGAAGAACGAAGUGAUCGCCCGUCAUCUACAAGCUACUAGGAGGCAACAAUCGGGAGAGAGUUUGGACGAAUAUUUACAGGAUCUUCGUCAGCUCAGCAAGGACUGCAACUUCAAAGUUGUCACAGCAGAGGCGAACAGAGACGAGUAUAUCCGCGACGCUUUUAUCAACGGUCUACUAUCUCCUAUGAUCAGACAGCGUCUCUUAGAAAACAAGACUCUCGAUUUGGGUACUGCGUUUGACCAGGCUCGAUCUCGCUCAAAGAAACUCCGAGUCCUAUCUUCGGUCUCAGGCUCCUAUGAAAGCUGCCGCUGUUACUUCACCUGA